AUGCCUACCGGUACUUGGUCAAUGCUGGUAGCCUUACUUCUGUCCCAACCCACACCGCUCACCUGCAUAUGUCGACAUAUUGCAAGGGUCAAUCUGUACGACUGUGAACCACCAUGGCAAGCAUUUCAACACAACUGCUACCUGUAUGUUGCAAUGGCGCAAAGCUACAAUGCUGCGGAGCAACACUGCAAGAGUUACUCCACGCAAGGCAGAGCCGCUCACCUGGCAUCCAUACUUAGCGAGGCCGAAAGCCAAUUCAUCAGCACCUUGACAGGUGGCCGUGACACGUGGAUCGGAUACAACGACUUGGCCGUGGAAGGAAUUUACACCUGGUUGGACGGAAGUCCUCACGGAUACGAGAACUGGAAGCCUGGAUUUCCUGUUGGCGAUGCCCAUGGAGAUCAGGAUUGCAUCCAUACAUUUGGAGGACUUGAGUGGAAGGAAUACUUUUGCUGGAAUGGAAUGGCUUUUGUUUGCAAGAUGCCCCAAUAUGACUACCAAUUCCCAAAAUUUGUCGACAAUUGCUCUUAUCAAGUCCCCAGGAAAAUGCAGUGUGAGCCACCCUGGUUGGCAUUCAAAGGCAGCUGUUAUCUUUUGGUGACCGAAACAAAAAACUACACUGAUGCUGAGAAACACUGCCAGAGUUACUCCAAGCAAGGGAGACCAUCUCACCUUGCAUCCAUACUCAGUCAGGAAGAGAAUGAUUUUGUGGGUCAAUAUGUACUGUCUGUACUCCCUGAUUAUCCUGGAAUCAACACGUGGAUCGGAUACAACGACCUGGAGUUGUUACUUCUGAUUUGCAUAUCGCUGCAACUUGUGAAGCAUGUCGAUGCAUGCUCUGAUCAAUUCAUGAGGAAAAUACAGUGUGAUCCACCCUGGCUUGCAUUUCAAGACAGCUGUUAUCUUUUGGUGACAGAGACAAAAAACUACAAUGAUGCUGAGAAACACUGCCAGAGUUACUCCAAGCAAGGGAGACCAUCUCACCUUGCAUCCAUACUCAAUCAGGAAGAGAAUGAUUUUGUGGGUCAAUAUGUUCUUUCGGUUUUCCCUGAUUAUCCUAAAAUUGACACAUGGUUCGGAUACAAUGACUUGGAAGUUGAGGGCAAUUAUUCUUGGUUGGAUGGCAGCCCCGUUUCGUACCAGAAUUGGCGUCCUGGUUUUCCUAUUGGUGGUGCUUAUGGAAAUCAAGACUGCAUCCUUAUGUUUCUGGAUAAACAAUGGAAAGAAUACUACUGCAGUCAAGCUAUGCGCUCAGUGUGCAAGACGCCAAGCUACAUACAAAAUCAAGAAGCUGGGUCAAGAUGCAACAUGUAG